CUUGUCAUUUUAUUGAAUAGAUUGAAUACUAAGUGGCCAAAUCGGCAAAUAAUUACAAUUGUAUUGUUAAUCAACUAUGAAAAGUGAUAAAGUUGUUAUCAAAAAAUUAACAAAUGAAGCUGGUUUAGAUGGAUCAUUCACUUAGAGGCAAACUUCAAUAUCAUCAUCAUCACUAUUAUCAUCAACAUCAUCAUCGUUGUUCCUCUUCAUUCAAGGAAUUGGCUCUUUCAAGUUGGAUUAUUUUCUCACUGACGAGUUUAUUCACUCUCUUGGCAAACUUGAACUUGUUUCCUUCAAAUGUUCAUCAUCUCUUUACCAUCAUCAUCUUCAACAUGAUCAUGUAUAAACGGCUUAAACAGGAUAAAUCAUCGCCGUUAAACGCUUCCGUACCUCAAAAGAUGACUGAAUAUUUCCAAUUAUUCCUAUUAAAUGAGUAAAUUGGAGACUCAAAUUUCAACUCAAUCGCAAUUAACUCAACCCUUUACACAACUACGUGCAGUAAACCUAAUCAAAGACAAUGGCCUUUGACUUCAAUGAUGAAUUACACCUAAAUUGAAUCAUUACCAAACAUUGGUAACAACUCAAGCUUAUCCAUGCUAUUUCAAUCUAACUCAAUUAGCUAUGUAAUUGCUAGCUGAGCAAUCAAUGAGUUUAGUCAGUUUGAUAUCUUUUUGCCCAAGUCUAACUGGAUUACUUCAUUUAAAAUGGCAUCAAACUGUAUCAACCCAGAAGGAAAAUCGGGUUCAACUUGGAGGAACCAUUUUGCCCUUUGAUUCCAGUUGAUCACAAUUAACCAUCAAGAAGUAACGCAAUUUGAUUCUGCCAUCAAAUGGUACCAGAUUAUAUUAAGGAUAAUUGGCAAACGUUGUUAUCUUACGCAUUUGCUUCCAUUGGCCUUGUUUGGCAAGUUAGUUCAAUUUCAAAGGUUUACUUCAAUUAUGAAACUCAAGUCGACAUUUCUAUUGGUGUUUCAACCAAGAUCGCGAUGCCUGGGUUGACUGUUUGUCUUGAAAUUGAUCAACUAUCAUUUGGUAAUGCAACUCGCCAAGACAUUGAAAUAGCUGCUCAGUUUUUAUCACAAUCAAGCGUAUCAUCUUUAAAUUAUCUCACAAAAUAUGAAUAUUCAUAUUUGCCGAUUAACCUGUUGGCAAAUUUUGCUUCACCCGAUAUAAAGCUAUAUUGUAAUGUUCCAGCUACUGAAUUGCCUCGGUUAAACACUUCAUUGGACUGGACAUGUGGCAAUAUUGUUCCUACGAAAAUAACUAUCCAUUACAUGCUAAUUACUGGGACAAUUGCUCGGUGUGUUACAUAUUUCUAUCAAGAUUCAGCUGGAGGAGAGUUUGACGUUUUCACCAACAGUGCUAAAGAUUUUUAUGUACUUAAGAUUGACACUUUUGAACCAAAAGUGAUAUCGAUUUAUGUUCAUAAUCCGAGUCAAAUCAACCAAAUUUCUGAUGCUGACACCAUAACCUUUUCAACUGGUGAAUUGAAUGAGAUCGUCUUGCUUACGUCCAAAUUUGUCACUCUUUUAUUGCCUCCACCUUAUCGGACGGCUUGUCGUUCAUAUGAUGAGUUUGAAUUCGGACGACUUGGCUGCAUCUUUGAUUGUUUUGUUAAGGAGACUAACAAGAGAUGUCCGGUUUGGUCCAUUUUAUCUCCUGCUAAUGUUAGUGUAGCUCUUCCUUUUAUGAGAAAGGUUAGCGAAAGCAAUGGAACCUCCGAUUGCCAUGUAAAGGAAAAAAAUUUUUGCUUUUCUGUCUGUAGUCAACCAGAAUGUAAAGGCGUUUAUUACACUACUACUAAUGUAUAUCUUUCAGAGAGGCGAUCUUUGGCCAAUUCAAAUAGUACUCUUGUUUAUGUGCGGCGCCCAUCUGGAGUUGAAUUUGGUUACAAGUACAAAGCCCGACUGGCUCCAAUUGAAUUUUUUUGUUAUCUUGCUUCCUGUCUGAGUCUUUGGUAUGGCAUUUCGUUUAUCAAUUUUUAUCGAUUCCUAACAGGAUGGUUGAGAAAUAAUUUGAUUAGUUUCAAUUUUAUCAGUCAACAAACCCAAGUACAAUCACCAUCUCAGCUGGCAGCAAUUUCAAAUAAACCAUCAUCAAUAAACAACAUGAAAAUUCAAUACUUACAUCCAUAUCAACCUAAUCAAAAUCGCUAUUUUAAUAAAAAUCCAAUUCAUUACCACCAACCCAGCUGGUUAGCUGAACACUCAAACAUUCGUCCAAAAGCACCUCAAAUAUCAACAUUGCGAAACAAAUGGAGUCCACUCUCUCCUCAACGUGCAGUCUAUGAUAAGAAAAAGUUCAACCUCAGCAGCGUUCAAAUCUAUUCAGCUUGGUGAUCAUUGAAUCCAUGUCAAUUCAGGCAAACCUUUCUGGUCUUAAUACACAAAACAGAUUGAAGAAAAAUAACAAAUUCAUAAGAAAAAGGUAAAGCGAAAGAAGAAAAAUCAGUGAAAUUCCAAGCAAUUGCACUCAGAAGAGAGAUAAGUAUGAAGUUACAUAAAAAUCGAAAAAAUUUACGACCUUGGCAGGAUUCGAACCUGCAAUCUUCUGAUCCGAAGUCAGACGCCUUAUCCGUUGGGCCACAAGGCCGCGUAUAACAAUUUUGAUUAGUACAAAAACCAACCAGAAAAAACCUAAAAUCUGGAUCGGACUAACACUGGCAGUAAAAUUAUCGCUCAUUAAUUCAUCUCUGGUUUUCGAGAAAGAUUUUUUUCAUUUUCUUAAUGUUAUUUAAAAUACUCCAAAUUUAAAGGUUGUACGUCUGCAACCAUAAGUAUCUGAUUCUUAUUCCUGCGUAUUUGGCCAUUGACUUAUUUUCACUUUAAUCCCAUCUUUAAAUUCAUUAUGUUCAUUAAUGUAGUGGGUCGUAAAUGUAAUUAGAUGCUAGUUAAUUCAGCCUUUUUUGUUUAUCGAUUGCAUCUGUAGUUAUAUCGCAUUAAUAAAAUGAGAUUUUAUUCAUUUCGCUUUA